CGCUGCCAUCUUUGUCGUCUCUCUCUCAUGUAUUCCCGUCCCGCGCUAUCCCGUUACAUGUUACAUUCAGUUAUAAAUUACAACAUCUCGUGUUUCUUGUACAUACGUUUGGCGGUUACGAGUUACGUUACGGCGUGUCUGACUGAGAUUUCAAGCGUUCGCAGUUCUGCUAUCUGCGUGCACUUUCACGAUCGUAUUCAAGUCACGUGUAAGCUUUAUAAUGAGUACCGACAGUAUUGAAAAGCUAUAUAGGAACUUUGGCAUUCUUGCUGAUGCCAAAGAUAAACUGAUACAACAUGAAAAAGAAUAUCUGGAAAUUCUGACGGCAGUUAAAGGAUCGCCUAAGGAAAAACGGCUAGCAUCGCAAUUCAUUGCAAGAUUCUUCAAACAUUUCCCAAAGCUAGCAGAUCAAGCUAUAGACGCUCAUUUAGAUUUAUGCGAAGAUGAAGAUAUGGCUAUUCGAAAACAAGCUAUUAAAGAUUUACCAGCACUUUGUAAAGACAAUAAAGAACAUACAGCACGAAUUGCAGAUAUCUUAGCACAAUUAUUACAAGCUGAGGAUCCUUCAGAAUUGGCAGUUGUACAUAACAGUAUUAUGUCACUUAUGAAAAGUGAUCCUAAAGGUACCUUAAGUGGAUUUUUUAGCCAAAUUAUUAGUGGCGACGAUGGGACGAGAGAACGUUGUAUAAAAUUUCUAGCUAUCAAGCUCAAAGCAAUAGGACAUGACAUUAUCACGAAGGAACCGGAAGACUUGCUAAUUGUAGAAUGUAAAAAAGUAUUGCAGGUAAUUUACUAUGAUUUUUAUAAGCAUACUAAUAUCGAACAAUGGAACAGAUUGGUUCAAUGUAUUAAACAUGCUCUUCCAUUCUUCAGUUCGCAAAUAGAUUCAUCAAAAUUUGUUUCAUACAUUUGUGUACAAGUUCUACCGCAUUUGUCUUUGAUGACUUCUCCCGAUGGUAGAGAUAUUCAAUUGGAACUGUUAAAGUUGCUUGCUGAAUUAACUGUGUUUUGUGGAACUAUUGAAAAACCGGAAGAUAAGGUUCAACAGCUUUACAAUACUCUUAUUACUUAUAUGCCACUUCCUCCAGCUACAGAAAUUACAGAUGUACCAAAGUUACAAUUUAGUCAUGUGGAAUGUUUAAUGUAUGCCUUUCAUAAGUUGUGUAAACAAACUCCUGAAUUUUUGAUAAAGGAUGCAGAACAGCUCAAAGAAUUUCGAUUAAGAUUACAAUAUUUUGCAAGAGGUAUUCAAGGUUAUAUAAAAAAAUUACGUGAAGCUAUUAGCGGAAAAACAGAAGAAGAACUGAAAUCUGAAGAAAAUCAAUUAAAAGUUGUGGCAUUGAAAACAACCAACAACAUCAAUACUUUAAUCAAAGAUCUGUUUCAUUCACCUCCUAGCUUUAAAAGUAUAAUACAUCUCUCGUGGAAAACACCUUGUAACGACAAAAAGAGCGAUAAAAAUUCUGCCCAAAAAAGACAUACACCAAUCACAUUUGGAAAUGAUAAUAGUCCGAACAAACGUAAUAAGGAAGAUAAAAACAGCAAAAGAGAAAUAUAUACGCCUCCCAGUGGCAAAUACAGUUCAACCAUAUCAAAUUACGGUCGUGGUAGAUUUAAAGGUAACAGACCUAGAGGAAGAGGUGGAUUCAGAACGAGAGGUCGUGGCUCAUGGCGAAAGAAUUUUUAUUAACUAUAAAAUUCCUUACAACUGGAAACAGCUAAAAUUAGAGUAACAAUAUUAAGCGCCUAUUUGCUUUCUGAUCGACAAAGCGCGCUUUCCAAGAAGUUAUCACAAAAUUAAUUUUGUCAAUCUUUAUCGCUAUAACAGAAGUGAUAGUUUGAAGACUUCGAUAAAUUUCCAGAACAGAAAUCAGAAAAUCAAUAAUUUCCCAAGCAUUAUGAUACGGGAAGAAGAUUUGGAGAAUGCAAUUGUAGCAUUAUAUGAAUAUUUUUGUUUAAUUAUUGUAAUACGAGUUGCAAUGAAAAUCCAAAAUAUUUCAGACAUUUAUUAUUAUAUAAAAUUAUGGAGAGAACGAAUAUACGCAAAUAACGUAGGGAAUGGAAAGUUAUUUUUAAAAAUAACAAGUUACAGUUACUCGUUACCGGGUCAAAACAAUUAUCGUUAUUAGUUACUGAUUUUUAAAAGUAACUCGUUACAAUAUUGUCGUUACUUAAAAAGUAACUAUUCGUUACUUCGUUAUUUUCUUAAAAUCAUU